AUGAGGACUGUGACCUUGGUGUUGUUGGCUCGGCUUUUGUGCGCCAAAGAAGCCUGCACCGGUGAUCUCAUGUUGGUCCAGCUGCGCAAGGCCCACACCAGGCGGGCCCGGCUCUUCCAGGCCUGCCAAACCGCGGAGCCCGGGGAGGCCUGCUACGAGGCGGUCCUCUCUGCGCAGAGGGCCUCGGGGGCCUCCUUCGAGGAGAUCCAGGCCUCCUUCUUCGAAGAAGGGCUCAUGGGGGAAGUUUCCUGGGAGCCGGCGGAUGGAGGCCAAGAUCGGGUCUGCCGUGGCCUCUCUGCGUCCGACAACAACCCGGCGAACUACCGCGUUGUCACGGCCACCGACCUGGAGGCCUGCCAGCAGAGGUGUCAGAGCUCUUCGGGGUGCAAGGCGGUGGAGUUCUCCGGUAAUCGUUGUGAGCUCUGGCUAAGAGAAGUGCGAGCCACUCGGUCCCUGCGCAACUUCCAGUGCCACCGCCUCAUUCACCCUUCCAACAGCUUUUGGGGCUUUGCCCCCGUAGACGGGGCCGUGGGCCGUGUGUGUCGCGGUGCGAGUAGGGGAGACAACAAGCUCUCCUACUUCGAAGUCACCCGAGCAGCUUCACUCAGCGACUGCCAGGCAAAGUGCUUGGCAGCGGAUCUAUGCACUGGAGUCGAGUUCCACGUGAAAGGUCGGUGUGAGCUCUGGAACCGCACCAUCGAUGCCUUCUCCAUACUGGAUAACUACCAGUGCCACCGAGUGAUCCGCGAGCCCUCGAAUCGCCACUGCGACACCCUGCCUUGCGGAAUCUGCCGCACGGCCCUGCCCGGAGAGCCCUGCUACUCCGACGUUACUUGGGCGAAGUCUGAGGGCAUCUUUUGGAGACCGGAUUGGUAUCCUGGCCUCACAGCCUCCUCCAGCUUCGAAGACUUCCAGGCCUUUCUCACAGAGGCGAACACGAGUUCCUGCACCGACAUGCCUUGCACCACAACCACCACAACGACUACAACGACUACAACGACCACCACCACGACUACAACGACCACCACCACGACGACCACCACCACGACGACCACCACGACCACUAGCAGCACUACGACCACCAGGACCACCACACCUGCCUCCACGACCACAGCGGGCUCCACCGCCGGCCCGACCUGCGAAGAUGUGUCCGCGGUCGAGGCUAACGACCCCUGGUCCAGCUCAACCUGCGGCGGGCGACUGGACUGGUACCGUGCCUCUGGGAUGAGCGAGAUCGAGGCUCGGGCCAAGGUGGGCCUGGAGUACCUUACCUGCGAACCUUGUUGGCCUUGGCCCAAGUACAAGGAGCCCGGCGACCUGCGCAUCUCCCGGAAGCGCGGCAUCGCCACGCAGAACUUCCGGCUCAGCUCCGCGGCGCUCGCGACCUUAGCUCAGAAGAUGCACUGGGGCUACGUCUGGUAUCACCAAAUCCCGAGCUGGGACAGUGGGCCGGCGCUCGAGGAGUGGGAGCGCCACGGCUUGAACUUCGUGCCGAUGGUGUGGGGGGAUGGGCCAGACCACCUUGAUCGAGCCCUGAAAGAAGGCCUCCCGAAGCAGAAGCUCGCGCUCCUGGGCUUCAACGAGCCCAACUUCCCCGAGCAGGCAAAUCUCUCGCCCGCGAAAGCCGCGGAACUCUGGCCUUCUUUGGAGGAGCUCGCCAGGCGCGAGAUUCCGAGCCAUCCCGAGUUCGUGAGUUCUGAAGGCCUCGAUUGGCUCAAGCCAGUCGGCCAGUUUCCAGCAUGGGGUGUGGUUGUGGUACCGCACGAAGCACCGUCGCAUGUGCACCUGCGCUUGGUGAAGAUGUUGACGAAGGGUUGCCGCAAUGAUGUUGAUGCGGUUGAAGAGGCUCUCCAUCGCUGUUGUUCACUAGCCGCUCCACCACGGAAGCUCUCUGAUGCAGCGUAUGAGCAUAUCAAGGACGUGUUUGAGACAGUCCUUUCCACACCUGACUCGAACAGGUGUGUUUUUGUGUUUUUCGCUGGACAUGGCAUUCAAACUGGCAGAGGUACCCUCUUAGUUCCAUGUGAUGCUGAAAAACAAUCAGCAAAGAAACUGGUCCCUGUGGAGUGGAUACGGCAGUCCUUUCGCAACAAGGUUUCCAAUGGCAUCUUGAUUCUCGUGCUUGCUUGCUGCCGACACCCAGGCGACUCCUUGACAGACAGUCCACUGAUUUCGAUUCCUUCCAGUCGGGGGGUUCCGAAAUCAAUGUGUGAUAUCAUCCUGUAUGGCUGUGGGCCAUCCGGUUCAACUCUUGAGACCGAAGAUUUUGCUCGACGCCAUGACAUGCCGACGAUGCACCACAGCAAGCUGGCAAUCCGCUUGACUAGUGCCAUGUGGCGAGCACAUUUCGAAAGCCUACCUGUUUACAGAAUCCUGGAGAUAGUUGCCCAAGGCUGUGAGAUGGACGUUAAGAGGUGGGAUGGUGUGCCAGAAAUGGUGCCGCGAUUUCAGGACGAGCGCUUGAAGUAUCGAUUGUUCUUUGCACACCCCAAUGCCAAUCCGGGCCUACCUGGAGCGGCCUUGACUUUGCCCAUCCCGAAGGCAGUCUGUCAUGAUGUCCUUCCAAACAAACUAAUAUCAGCUAUCAAAGGGCCGGUGUCGGAUUUUUGGCAGUGCCAGAGUGGAAACUUGGACAUUAAGCCGCAAGUUAGAGAGUUUCUUCAGAAGGCUUACGAGCUGAAGGAGAGGAAUGAUUGGAAUGCCCAGAUGAAGUGGCUGAAAGAAGUAGUAGCAGAGUCUCGGUCUGCGGAUCCUGUUCUUCUUGUACUUGCCUGCACCUUUAUCAUUCCUGCUUUUGGGCAUGUCUAUGCUGGAAAGUAUCCGGAGCUGUUGGACAGACAGAAAGCUCUUAUGGAAGCGUCCGGGUAUGUGCGGGUGCUCCUUCAAACCUUGCAGUGCGUUGACCUCGAUGACUAUGUGGUCGCAGGCGCACUUGCAGCAGUUGGAUUGCAAUUGUAUUGCUGCGUCCUCUAUGAACCGAAUGCUGUGCAUGCGUGCAGUACAUUAAACGAUGCAUGGCAGUUAAUGGUGUCAGCGGGUCAGCUACACAUGAAAGCUGGCCUGCCGGAAAUAAGUAUGAACAACUUGUUCGUGGCAUCCCGCAUACGGUUGUUCGCAAGCCAGAAGAGACGGGAACCAGGCCUUGCACACGAAACGGUGUCCAUGAUGCAAUCGGUGAUGGAAUGUCUCAGCGGAGGUUUGCUCACGGUUCAGUCGCCCGCGCAGGACUUUGAGUUCAAACUGCUCGGACAUAUUGCUGGCAAAAUUAGGGGGGUUGCUGUCCCUGAUAUACAAGGUGAGUGGUUUGAUUUACGGUCCAGGAAGCCCGAUGCCGCUAAGCGCAUGCACUCGAAGUUCUUUGGUUUUGAGGCUUGCGUCAGCUCCUUCGAGCUUUAA